UAUCAUGUUGAUUACUGUCGGCUCUUUCGAGAACUUUUACUCAUUUCAAAAUUUUCAGUUUUAUUUUCGGUAAAUAAUUAUACGAAAAAGUAAAUACAAUAAAAUGGAUGGUUUUGAAGAAUUGAUUACAUUGACCCCCAUGAAUUGUGUGAAAUCUUGCAAUGAUCUCUUGGAUGCUGCCGAUGUAAAACCACGUUCAUAUUCUUUAUUUAUUACACUCUUUGGUCUCUAUUGUGGAGCUUUAAUCUAUCGUUCGUAUCGCAAGAGAACUCUUCUGAAGGAAAGAUUACAAACAGUUCAAGUGGAGAAUCCCGAAGUGCAAAUAAUUGUUAUAUCUUCCGAUGAGACAAUGAAUUCCGAAGAUUUACUAACACACGAUUAUCGUUUGGAGGCCAAGAAUGGACCAACCAUGAGAUGGCAAUACUGCAAGCAAUUUAACCAAAUGCGGGAGCAAGUGAAACCCAUAGAAGAAUCAUUUGAAGAACAAUUUGUUUCCUCCUUCCAAACAAUGGAAGAUUAAAACGACGAGACGAGAUGUGUACUUACCAAAUUUAGAGUCCUGACCCGUUUUGACAACCUGAGCAAAUGGCAAAACCUUGACACCCUCCUUGAAGCCUGUGGUCUCUGUCUUAUGCAGCUGAUCCUCCAUAUAGAUAAUGGUAGUCACAUUUGGGCACUGAGCCAGCAAAGUCCUGAACUUGGGCAAUAGAUCAUGAGAGGUUAUCACUGUGGUUACUUCCGUUUCCGAGAUACCUGCAGAACAGAAAGUGCAAUAAAUUAAAUCAUCUUUCGGCAAA